AUGGGCGUAGGUUUACCUUGCUCGCCAUCGAGGGCGAUAUUCUCCCUCGUCAUCGCAUUAUUAGUGUUUUACGGUCUUUUCCACCAAAUACCGACCCCAUACGGUCGCAGAAACAUUCAAUUCAUUCCCAGCAGCUAUGACUGGAGCAGACAUCCUCUACAGAAUCCAGUGGCCGUAAGUACCAUGACGAAACCACCUCGUGGAUCACCCGACAAUCUGCCUCGGAUUCAACACGACUUCUCAAACCCCGAAUUAAGAAAACGAGAGCUUGCAACAGCGGAACAAAGACGGAAGGACGUCAAACAGGCUUUCCAGAAAACAUGGGCGGCAUAUGAGAAGUAUGCCUGGGGGCAUGAUGAAUUGAAGCCAUUGAGCCUGGAAGGUCACGAUCCAUUUAGUGGGUGGGCCGCUACGAUCUUCGAUAAUCUCGACACGUUGUGGAUCAUGGGCAUGAAGCGAGAGUUUUACAAGGCCGUUGACUAUGUCUCUCGAAUGGACUGGGAUCUUCCAUCAAGCGACGGAUUCAACAUCUUCGAGACCACGAUUCGACAUCUCGGGGGUUUACUCUCAGCGUAUGAACUCAGUGGAGAGAGCGCCUUGCUGGCCAAGGCGAUUGAGCUGGGAGACCUUUUAUACGGCACAUUCGAUAAUGUCGAACGCAUGCCACCGCAUACCAUCAGAUUCCAAAGUUUGAAGCGAGGUACAGGCCAUCCAGAGCCGCGACAAAGUACCGCCAGUCUAGGAAGCAUGAGCAUGGAAUUUACUCGCCUUUCACAGCAAACCGGCAACCCCAAGUACUACGAUGCUAUUAACUUCAUCACCGAGGCUUUUGAGCGAACACAAAACGAGACUGCCAUUCCCGGGCUAUGGCCUCUCCAGAUCAAUGCCAAGGACGGAUUCAGUGUUACAGACGAUACUUUCGGGUUGGGUGCUAACGGCGACUCAUUGUAUGAGUAUCUGAUCAAGGAGUACGUCCUUUUACAAGGACUGGAACCUAAAUACGAGAAGAUGUAUGUCAAGGCGGCUGACGCUGCCAUUGAGCACUUGAUGUUCCGGCCGAUGCUCCCCGACCAAGACGACGUGCUCAUGCUGGGAGAAGCAUCAUUUGCACCCCGUAGCACAGAGUCACAACUGAAGACCGAUGUUGAGCACCUCACUUGUUUUGCAGGAGGCAUGUAUGCUCUUGGAGGUAGAGCACUCGGACGAGAUGACCAUGUAAUUAUCGGCGAGAAGCUAGCACGCGGAUGUGCAAAGGCAUACGCCGCCUACCCAACCGGACUCAUGCCCGAGAUCGUCCGCGUCGAGCGCUGCCCAACACUCGAGCCCUGCGAAUUCGACCCGAAGUCUACGAGACAACCCCUCGGUUUUCGCGCCAAGGACACAUCAUAUCUACUUCGACCAGAGACCAUUGAGAGUAUCUUCUAUCUCUACCGCAUCACCGGCAAGGAGGAGUUCAGAGAUAUUGCGUGGAACAUGUGGACUUCGAUCCGGGCUGCUGCUGAGACGGAGACUGCGUUCGCGGCGGUCGAGGAUGUUGGCGCCGAGGAGCCCAGACAUAAAGACUAUAUGGAGAGCUUUUGGAUGGCGGAGACGUUGAAGUACUUUUAUCUCAUCUUCUCGGAUGAAGAGGUGAUUAGUUUGGAUGAGUGGGUGUUUAACACUGAGGCUCAUCCUCUUAGACGAAUGGCGAGUUAA